GAUGCAGGGAGUGAGCUGACGUGUCCUCUCCAUCACUUCAGCAGGCCAUGAGGUGGUGGCGGCAGCUUCUGCUGUGGCUGUGGGCAGUCCCGCCCACGUGGGCCGGGCACGCGCGGCUCAAUGUCUGCGUGAACGCCAAGCCCCACAAGCGAGAGCCUAGCCCUGAGGACAAGCUCUACGAGGAGUGCCGCCCCUGGAAGGACAAUGCCUGCUGCACGGCCACCACAAGCUGGGAAGCCCACCUGGAUGUGUCCCUGCUCUACAACUUCAGCUUGGUUCACUGCGGGUUGCUGAUGCCGGACUGUGAGAAGCAUUUCCUCCAGGCCAUCUGCUUCUACGAGUGUUCCCCCAACCUGGGGCCCUGGAUCCAGCAGGUGGACCCGAGGGGGCAGGGAGAGCGGAUCCUGGACGUGCCCCUCUGUUGGGAAGACUGUGAGCAGUGGUGGGCUGACUGCCGCACGUCCUACACCUGCAAAUCCAACUGGCACGGCAGCUGGACCUGGAGUCGGGGGAAGCACCGCUGUCCUGAAAAGGCCCCCUGCCACCCUUUCCUGCAUUACUUCCCCACCCCAGCUGACCUGUGCGAGAAGAUUUGGAGCAACUCCUUCAAGGCGAGCCCUGAGCGCAGGAACAGCGGGCGAUGUCUGCAGAAGUGGUUUGAGCCCGCUCGGGGCAACCCCAACGCAGCCGUGGCCCGCCUCUUCGCCAGCCCUGCCCCAUCCUGCGAGCUCUCCUACACGCUCGGGGCCUUCUCUCUGUUCCUGUCUCUCCUCUCCUGAGCCCCUGCCUCCUUCCACACUCACUCCUGUGCUC